AUGCCGCCAACACCAACAUCGGUGACUCCGAUGCCAGCACCGACCCCCGUUUCUCCAAUGCCAACUCCGGUGGCCCCAACACCGACUCCUAUGAUACCGCCAUCACCAACCCUUGUGACUCCGAUGCCAGCACCAACCCCUGUCUCUCCAACGCCAAUCCCGGUGGCCCUAACACCGACCCUCGUGAUGCCGCCAGCACCCACCCCUGUGACUCCGACGCCACCCCCAGCCCCGGCCCCAGCGCCGGCUACAUCGACCGGCAAGUGCCCCGUGGACACACUGAAGCUACUUGCGUGCGUGGACGCGCUCAAUGGGCUGUUGCACGCGGUGAUCGGCAGUAGCGCCAGGAAUACAUGCUGCCCGCUGCUGUCCGGCGUUGCCGACCUCGACGCUGCUCUCUGCCUUUGCACCACCAUCAAGGUCAAGGCCCUCAACAUCAACCUCAUGCUGCCCAUCGCCAUCGAGGUGCUCGUCAACCAGUGCGGCAAGAGAGUGCCGAAGGACUUCCGCUGUCCAACGCCAACUCCGGUGGCCCCAACACCGACUCCUAUGAUGCCGCCAUCACCAAUGCUUGUGACUCCGAUGCCAGCACCAACCCCUGUCUCUCCAACGCCAAUCCCGGUGGCCCCAGCACCGCCCCUCGUGAUGCCGCCAGCACCCACCCCCGUGACUCCGACGCCACCCCCAGCCCCGGCCCCAGCGCCGGCUACAUCGACCGGCAAGUGCCCCGUGGACACACUGAAGCUACUUGCGUGCGUGGACGUGCUCAAUGGGCUGUUGCACGCGGUGAUCGGCAGUAGCGCCAGGAAUACAUGCUGCCCGCUGCUGUCCGGCGUUGCCGACCUCGACGCUGCUCUCUGCCUUUGCACCACCAUCAAGGUCAAGGCCCUCAACAUCAACCUCAUGCUGCCCAUCGCCAUCGAGGUGCUCGUCAACCAGUGCGGCAAGAGAGUGCCGAAAGACUUCCGCUGCCCUAAUUAAGCUCCAUAGAUUACUAUAUGUACUAUCAGUAUCACCUGCAUAUGAAUGUGAUACAUGCAUUAAAUUCUCUUGUGUGGUCACACAGGUGACAUA